CGCGUCAGUGCUAUUUUAAUACGUCUGAAGAACAGCUAUUAUGUAAAGGAGAGUUAAGAACAAUCAGUUUUUCAACACCAAUUUCUGAAGAACGAUGUCAAGAAUUAGAAGGAAAGUGUCUUUGCCAAACACAUUAUAAUCACAAAGUUGUUAAUAAAAACUAUUAUCAAAAACAUCAAACAAAAUUAAACGAAUACUGUGCCCAUCCAAAGCAUAGUAUAUAUAAGCAAAGUACCAAAAAAAAAGAACAAACAAAAAGUAAAGAUGCACUUAUUAAUUUACCUGUUCAAUUUUAUAAAAUAUUAGAACUUGAUUCAACCGCUAAAAUAUGUCAUAGAUGUAUUAAGUUUACUGACCAAGAUCCUGAUUAUAUAACAAGUAAUGAUUAUAUUCAGGCAAUUAAACAAUCACGAUUUUCUCAAAACAGCAAUAACAUUGAAACACAAAAAACAAUUCGAAGUGUUAAGCCUAUUCAAGAUUUAAGCAAGUCAAUGAAAUAUAAACGAUAUAAAAAAGUAGCAACUUCUUUUCCAAAAUGA